GCCUCGGUUAAACUAGUAUACUGGCAUCCCACUCAUCAUGCUGGCGCGUCCGGAUGACCUUGACGGAAUGGCGUCCGUCCUUGACUCUGACAAGGACAUCCAGGACAGCGACGAGGACGAUCAGGGACCCAGUUACCGAUAUUCAACCUUGGUGCAUACCUGGCAUCUCAGACAGAGCAAGGCUACGCCAUGGAUGGUAAUGACGAUGACGAGACUCUACCUGUGGUUAUCAAGCCUGCACCUCCCGCCAUGCGGGCCAAGGUCGCCCUGGCUGCCAAAAACCCGGAUGUCAAGCUCAAGGCCUUCGACGCCUACCCGUGGGCCAAGGAUAUAAAUUUCCAGGCCCUCCUCAAGCACAAACUGUUCACUGAUCCGCUUCCGAAUGCGAUGGAGACUGGACUGCGAUGCCGCAUCAUUCUGUACCGAAAGUUCCUCGGGGUCGAGAUCAGUCUGCAUGAGUACUUGUCCUACCGCUGCGCUCAGAAUCGCACCCACCCUGCGGUAAAGAUCAUCCCUGAUUCCGUGGUCGAGGCGGAGCGUCUCGCUGAGCCCGAUGAGAAGAAGCGCCAGUUCGCUCAGCUGGCGAAAGGCUGCCCGGAGGCCUCUUCUCAUGACGAGGAUUCAAUUACCAGCCUUGCUGGCAAGAUCCCGCAGUGGCAGAAAACCACCGUUGCCGCCAGCAUCCCGCAGUGGCAGGCCGCUGCUCCCAAGGCAGCCCUCUACGUCGACAAGAGCGCUGUCGCAGGAGGCUCGGACAAGGAACCUUACCCCAAGAAGUUCGAGGAGAUCAUCGAGCACAUCCAGACUGGAAAGCCGAUUGAGGGUAUCCGACAGAUCCCUGACACCGUCAUUGAGAAUUCUUCCUCCACGUGGAUCGUCCACACCGCUCCUCCCAAGCCCUGGGAGAAGAAGAAGAAGCCUGCCUAACCUCGUCCUGAAGCUGCGUUGUAUCGAAUGGCCUGUGGCAAUUCAUUCGGCACGGGUUCGCACUUCUAGAAACACGGUGUUGUCGGAUCACGCUGCCUUCGAAUGCCGCGCGCAGGGUUUCUAUCAUUGCACCAUUAUCAAGAAUUAUGUUAGACAUGUUUCGGCUUCACACUCAUCCCAGCAGGGAGUUUAGCUACAGUUGUACGUAAGCUUUAGUAGGGACAUCACUUAGCCACCGAGCCCCGAGGCCAUUCACAUAGGAUAGCAUGCCGCGGCGCGGUGUUCAGGGUAUUCAGCUCAUUUGAGAGCUCUCUGAAUUGAUUCAGGUCGCAAUAUGCGAUUGCGUUGUGUUCUG